CACAAACCCUAGAGCCCGAGGACACCAGAUCUGUUCUCUUCUUCGCUUGUCCCAACCAUGCGGAUUCGUAGGAGAACAUCUCACGUCCUUGGCUCCGGCUACUCUACACCUGCUACUCCGCCUCCUAUGCUUGUAACUCCACCACCGAUUUCGGAACCGUGUUUGGAGCCGCUUACAUCUCACAUUCACGACGACUUCUUGAGCCCUACUACAACCCGAGAGAGUCUCUGCAAGCUCAGUCGCUCACCAUGGGACCUCUUGGAUGACUUGUCCCUCUCGGAUCCUCAGGAGGUGGAUGACCUCCUUGAUGGUUACUAUGUAAACAUGGACUCCCAUGCAUGGAGCCUCUCCUCGGCCACCAUGCCCGUCACCUCCGUGAAGAAUGAGAAGACGACGACCAUGGCCGCAGCUAGCAGUGAGAGAGCACAACUACAGAUACUGAAUAAGAAUACAACAUUGAAAAAGGCUACAGUGGGGGAGAAAAGGGUCAGAGAGAUCCAGAACCAAAAGACUGCAAAUGUGAAGAAAAAAGAGGGUAAGGAAGAGGCAGCACGUACCUGGCAGUGCAAGAAGAAUGAUGGCAAGGGGUGGAACUGCCGUCACAAUGCGAGUCACCCCAACUCCCUCUGUGAGUACCACUUGAUGAAGAAGCGUUCCUACUUGAACUUACAGCAUGCUUCGCCAGCGGAGGAAGAUAAGGCCAUGGCGGCAGCACCAACAUCAGCAGCCUCCAAGCCCUCCAGCAGCUCCAACACACAGAAGACGAAGCUUCCCAACAACUACGAUGCAAACGAGGGCUUCUACUACUACCACGGGUUUCGCCCGUCUCGUGGCAAGAGGCGCUGCAGGAACCAUCCAAAGAAUGAUGAAGAGGUGAAGGUGGAACCAUCCAAAUCUGCUUCUCUUCCGAGUCAUGCCAAAGUUGAGAUUGAAGAUGCUAGCACGAGCAAUGGGGCUACAGCUGGCGGUGAUGACGUGUGCAACGACAACAACUCUGGCCGCGGCAACGUCAACAACAUGGAUCAGAGGAACCAAAAUCCAUUGAAGCUCCCGAGAAAGCCAGUGAAGGUGCGGUUGCUCAUGUCGCUGUGAGCAACCAAAAGCAGCCAGGUGCUUGCGCGUUGCACAUCGAUGGCAGAAGAUGAAGUUUGGUCUGUCUGUUUUACUUUGAAUUGAGACUCUCGUAGCUCAUGCAUCAUCCCCCUAUCGUUGUUGGUUUAAAUUGGCUUAUAAGCCGUUUGCCUCUUGCAUCUUGACUUGUUGUUUCUGGUAAUAAUGCUACUGACAGCAGGUAUUUUGAGUUC